GCACUUGACAUGAAAUUAUUGAAUGGAACAUUUCUGAAAGUUAAAGGACCAGAACCUGAUAUAACUGCUGUCAUUCAGGUCCCUCCAUCUGACCCAGUCGGUUCAGGAGACUCUGUGACUCUGCAGUGUUCCGUCCUGUCCGACGCUGACAACCACACAUGUCCAAGAUAUGACAAGCUGUACUGGUUCAGAGCUGAUGAAUCUCAUCCCAGUUUAGUUUAUGUUCAUGGCAGUAGUGGUGAUGAAUGUGACGGGAGCCUUGAAGAUCACUCACCCCACAGAUGUGUCUUCAAUUUCUGUAAGAGUUUUAGUUCCUCUGAUCUUGGGACUUAUUACUGCGCUGUGGUCACAUGUGGAGAGAUUUUAUUUGGACAAGGAAUAAAACUGAAAAAUGAAGCACUCAACAUCUGGAAUGUACAGAAGGCCAAUACAGUUCUGUAUCUGUUAAGUGCUGCAUUGGCUUUAAGUCUGAUUGUUACUGUCGUCCUGUUCAAGAAGAAAAUGUGUGAUUGUUGCAAAGGAGCUGGUGAUAUGCCUUCAGUUCCUACAUCUCCUGCUCCUCAGAACAAGAGAUGUAGGAACCAGAUCAAACAGAUCAGGAUCAACCAGAUCAGGAACCAGAUCAAACAGAUCAAAUUGAGAACGACUUAA